UUCAUUGAGUAUCAAUAACAUUAGCGAUGAAGUUCUUUGUGGUGUUCACUUUCCUGUUGCUCGCCUUAGCUGCCGUUCAGGCUGCUCCUCGUCCUGGCCGUGGCGGUGGCGGUGGUGGUGGAGCUACUGCAAACGCCUCGGCAUCGGCGAAUGCAAGUGCUGGCGGAUAUGGUGGAAACGCUAAUGCUCAGGCCAAUGCAAACGCUGUGGCUAACGCAUCCGGUGGUGGUGGACGUGGUGGACGUGGUGGUGGUCGUGGUGGUUUUUUACAGGAUUGUGCGACAAGUUCCAAAGUCUGCAUAUCCUCCAUACUAAUCCUACUGAUGUUGCCCAGCAUCAAAGUGUUCGGAAGCCUCAACUAAAAAACAAAUUGCCCUUGUUCAAACUGUUAAAUAAAUACUUUUUU